AUGCCCCGCCUCCGCCUCCGCCUCCUCUACCUCCUCACGCCCCCCGCCCUCCUAACCUACACCAUCCACCGCACCCUCACCCACCUGGAAACCAAAUACCCCCCGAUCCCCGCCGCCCAAGGCAGCACCGCCGCCCUCACCACCCCAACCAACCCAUCCAUCCAACGCUGCGCCGAAAUCGACAUCUACCAGGCCCGCGUCCCGGUCCGCGCCUUGCUGCGCGCCGAGGCCGCCCUCACCGGCACCGACACCACCACCACCGAGAAUAACCCAGAAAACACCACACCCCCCCGAAUCUCGCAAGCCACGCUCCAAAAAGCAUGGGCCCACCUCUUCCUCACCAGCCCGAUCCUGCAAACCGAAGCCAAGCUCAUCGGCCUCCUCACCACGGGGCGCUUCCACCCGGGCGAUGUGGGGUUGUCGGCUGCGGGGUUUGCGGCGGUGCCGCCGGACACUGUCCCCGACACUGUCAUCGACACUGACACCGCCCAUGACCUCACGGAUCCACAAAGUCAAGGCUGGCAGAAACGCAAACUCAUCAACGGCGGGUUCACCGUCGAACGCGACCCCGAAAGCCCGGGGGGGUUGCUGGCCAGCUGGCGGGUUCCGGACGCGGCACGGGGGUUCUUUGAGCGGCUCGCGCGAUGGGGGUACCCGUGUCGGUUGAUGAGUGGGGGGCGGCAUGAGUGGGGGGUUUCGGAGGUGUAUUUUUGCAGAUCAGAGGAUGGGGGAGAGGGAGAGGGAAAGGCAGGGGAAUGGGUGGUGGAUGUGCGGUUCGGGUCGGCGCAUGAUUAUGAGAUUGUCGAGGCGGAGGGGGCGGCGCAGAAGGUGGUGCCGCGGUGGGUGGGCAGGUUGCAUCGCGGGUUUGCGAGGGCGUUGGUUGAGGAUGCUGUGAGGAGGCUUGGUUAG